AUGAGGACGAGAAAUAGAAUUAAUGAUAUCUUCCAAAUGACUGUUAUUGGAAAUGAAUUACAAUAUCAGCCCCAAUUUACAAAGUUCUUAAUAUUCAUCACAACUAUGAAGUUCGCAAUUGCUUGCUGCCUUCUACUAUCAGCGAUCUCCGUGUCGCUGGCAACGAACAUCCGUGGUCCCCUUUCUUUUGCCAUAGAUGCUACAAUUAAGAUACAACAGUUUUCACUACUUCCUAACAAUUUUUUUUAUGGUGGAAACCUAACUGCUGAUGGUUGGUUCAAUGAUAUUCAUGUGACAAAAAAUAUAGAGUUUUCCUCUGGUCUGGUGCUCGACUGGUCAAUAAUGUACGAGAAUAAGACUUCCCAUAAAAUUGGAUGGCAAGAGCUUGACGAUGGUAGGAACUACCUUUGCGAAGAGUUAAAUGAGAAUAAUCACAUUCUAGGCCUUGUACGCGAACUCCUUGGAAUGUCUGAAGGAUGUUCAGUGGUUAAGAACGACGUCUUAAAACCCCAUUACAAUAAGUCCGGUAUGAAGAAAUCGAUCUUCUUCAUGAGUGAUAUGACAUCCGACAUGGUGAUAAGGGCGGUGCUGGGGAGUGAGGACAGACAUGUAGCAGAGUAUUGUCUGGCUAUUACGUUCUCCAUUGACGCCGAGAAUAUUUAUCAUAUAAAACGCAACGAGCCUGAUUGUAAUAAUUAUUCUGUGAACGAUUUUUAAAAAACUUAUCUGUUGAAUCUACAAGGAAGAACUCUUUUACCAGGGAUGAACUUGACCUAAUUUAUCUGUAAUGAAAACCUAUUGUAAACAAUUUAAAAAUACGAAAUAAAUAGACAGACGCUAGCAGUUAUGCGACUGUAGAUGAAUUAUUCAAAUAUGUGGAUCUAUUUUCUUUGCCAUCAAUACAUU